CCUCUGCAUACAGUACACACACGCAAACACAUGCGCACACUUACUCAUACAAGUGCUCUCCAAACAGCACACUCUCACACGGGCUCUCACUUCAGCUUUGCACAGGAUGUUAUGAAAUCGGCACUGUUGCUGAAACUUAGUGAAGGUCGCUCGGAGUCCUCUCUCUCACCCACACCCACACACACACACAAACACUUCACCUGGCACUUCACACACACAUCCUCGUUCAGAGAGCUGAAGCUCGGCUCAGUCCCAGUCCUCUGCUACUUGAGCAAGGAGCCUGCUGGUGAUCGGACUGUCGCCUAAAGCGAAGAGGCCGUACCGGUGUUGAUUCAGUUUUUUUUUUUCAUAGUCCAGUCACUUUCUCUGAAGCUCAGAUUAGUCAGCCGAGGGAGACGAGGGGGAGAGAAAAAGGCGAAGAAGAAGAAGAGGAGUAGUGAUGGCUGUGACCGACGUUGCAGAGGAUGACCUGGAUGAGAUGAUGCGCGAGGAAGCGGAGGAUGUCUUCUACGAGGACGGUGUGUCAUCCCGCAUCCCGGAGAUCAUGGCAGCCGGUACCCACUCCCCCGGAGGGCCCAAUGGUAUAAUCCGGAGUCAGUCCUUCGCCGGUUUCAGCACGCUACAGGAGCGACGCUCUCGGUGUAACUCCUUCAUGGGGAACUCGGCAGUGCAGAAGAAGCCUCAGUCCAAGCCAAAGAAGCCGCACCUGUCAGGACACAAGGGGGGCAGCAGCUCCAGAGAGCCGCAGCCCAAAAGACUGGAGGAGGUUUACACUGCACUCAAACAAGGCCUGGAUGAGUAUCUUGAAGUUCAUCAGACAGAGUUGGACAAACUCAUGUCUCUGAUGAAGGACAUGAAGAGGAACUCUCGCCUGGGAGUGCUGUACGAUCUCGACAAGCAAAUCAAAACCAUUGAGAGGUACAUGAGACGUCUGGAGUUUCACAUGAGCAAGGUGGAUGAGCUAUACGAGGCCUUCUGCAUCCAGAGCCGUCUGAGGGAAGGUGCCAGCCGGAUGAAGCAGGCCUUCUCCUCCUCUCCCUCCACUAAAGGCACCAAGGAAAGCAUCGCAGAGGUCAACCGCCGCUACAAGGAGUACACAGAGAACAUGAGCACAUUCGAGAGUGAACUGGAGAACCUGCUCGGGGAGUUUCACAUCAAAAUGAAGGGUUUGGCAGGCUUUGCUAGGCUCUGUCCUGGAGACCAGUAUGAGAUUUUCAUGCGGUACGGUCGGCAGCGGUGGAAGUUGAAGGGGAGGAUUGAAGUGAACUCCAGACAGAGUUGGGAUGGCGAUGAUAUGGUCUUCAUGCCGCUCAUCACCGACCUUAUUAACAUCAAGGUGACAGAGCUGAAGGGCCUGGCCACUCACAUGCUGGUGGGCAGCGUGAUCUGUGAGACAAAGGAGCUGUUCACUGCCAUGCCUCAGGUGGUGGCUGUGGACGUUAAUGACCUGGGGACCAUCAAACUCAACCUGGAGGUCACGUGGUACCCCUUCGACGUCGAGGACCUGACUCUGUCAUCUGGCAACGUGAGCAAAGCUACAGCGCUCCAGAGACGAGUGUCAGUCUACAGCCAGGGCACGCCGGAGACCCCCACCUUCCAGGACACCUCCUUCUUUUCCACCUUACCAGACGAUGUCUUUGAGAACGGUGGUUGCGGUGUGGCAGAGUGCAAGCGUCUCUCCUUCACCUUCUCUGACACCUCUGGUUCCACGCCCAGCCCCAGCCCGGCUCCGAGCUCACACUCCACAGGCCAGUCUAACCCUGAGAUCACAGUCACUCCUCCAGAAACAGACCCAUCACCAACACAAAUACUCACAACGAGGGAGGACUCUAUCGCAGAGGAGCAUUUAGUGGAAGAGGAGGAGGAGGAGGAGGAGGAGGAGUACGAAGAGGAUGGGGAGACAGGUAGCAGAGGAAGUAGGGCCAGCCUCGCCAGUGAUGAAGCCGAGGUGGCAGAGGACUCUGAGUGGGAGCACACAGAGUCCCAGCGAAAUUCUGGCUCCAACUGUGGUUCAGCUGCUGUUUCCCUCUGUUCUGACGGACACCUGUCUACAGUGGCUCCAGAGGAUGUUUUCUUAGACCACAACGAUGAACUGAAACCUGUGGAGCUGGACACAGAGGAGGCGGGCAGCCUUACCAGGCAGCUUGUGAGAAGGCUGACUUCUUCGGAAAUUGUGUCGCCAAACGGGAGCUCCACGGAAGCAGGAGGAAGCCUGAGCUGGGCUGGAGAGGGAAGCAGGGCUUUCCUGGAGAGCAGCCUGGAGGAGGCCAUCCACAGUCUGCUCAUGAGGCUCGAGUCUCUCACUCACCGCUGCAGAGAGCUGCAGGACCUCGAGCAGGAAGUGAUGCGUCUGGAGGACCUGCUCAAGUGUCGACUGCCGGGUCACAGGAGCCGCUCAUCCAGCCUCAGUCUGACAGUGGAGAGUGCCUUGGAGAGCUUCGACUUCCUCAACACCUCUGACUUCGAUGAUGAGGAUACUGGAGACGAUAACGCCGUCCUCAGCAUCCCACAGAGGUCUCCGCUGUUUGAUACAGACGGAGAGAGGAUCGGCAGCCAGCAUCCAGAAGCCAGAGGACACCUGAGUGAAGCCCUGACAGAGGACACCGGGGUGGGCAACAGUGUGGCGGGAAGCCCCCUGCCUCUCACCACCGGAAACGAGAACCUGGACGUGGCUAUCGUCAUCCACCUGCAGUACUGUAAUCACCUCAUACAGCUGUUGACCAAUGGGGUGGGUGUGUGGCAGCGUCGCAGUCUUCUCCUCAAACUGUCGGGGCAGACUCAGCUGUUGGAGGAACUAGCAGAGAUCAGUGUGGACAGGCUUGGAGCAAUUACAUCUGCUGCUGAUGUUCUCCCGGGCCUCGCAGAGCGCCCACAGCUGAUGACUCUGUGGUCGGAGUGCAGCGGGUCUGCAGGACUUUUCCACACCACGUUGGACAGAGUGUUCAAACACAUGAACCAGUGCUACGCAGCAGUGCUGCAAGAGAGGCGCCCACACAGCGCCGACUCAGUGAUUGGUGUCGUAGUGGGCGAGAUGGUGGACAGGAGCGAUCUGGUGCCGGCUGCACUCUCCCAGGACGUCCUGACUGUGUUUCAGCUCCACAGUUACAUCUUACAGCAUGAAGUGCACGACAUGGAGACACACCUGCUGCAUCUGGCCAGAGAGGAUAUGUUCACAGAGGCUCUGUACCAUGGAGAUUCUUCUCAGCGUCUAGCAGAGCUGGAGGAGGUGCCUGUGUCGUCCCUAUGGCCUAGAAACAGCACUUUGAGAGCUCUGGCCUCCCUGCUCACUGCAGAGGACCCUCAGGUCAACAAGGCAGCAGCUGACUACCUCUCCUCUGCAACGUCACACGGCCACUUCAGGACCAGAGCAGUGGAGUGGUACACCCAGGCACUGUCAGAGGCUGGAGGUCAUAGCCAGAGGGCCGCCUGCUCAGCUCUCAGCUGUCUGCAGGCAGUAGAAAGUAUCAGGGCAGUAGUAGCACUGUGUGAUUCAGCUGAUGAAGAGCUUCGCCACGUCGCCAUAGAAACCCUGCUCACAUUCGGUGAGGAGGGGCGGCUGGCAUAUGAACAGCUGGACACGGUGCCGGGGGACAUCAUCCAUCUGGGGACGCGCCGAGGAAACGCCGUCACCACUGCCUUCUGAGCCUCUGUGCCACCGCAAAAAAAAAAAUCACAAAUGACAUUUCAGCCCAAACUCCAAGGACAGCCCCAUCAGCUUAACCCCUCAAUACACACCUCACAGGUUGUUCAUGACUGAUCUGCUUUCCGGCACAGACUAAAGGAUCUCCACACCGCCACAUUAGAUCACCAUUUUUACUGAUACUGCCUCCUAAAAAGGAAUUAACACCAAACAAACCGUCUUAACCAUGAAGACACACAACCUCCACAAACACACACACGCAUAGGCACUCCUCGUUCCUCCAUCAUCUCCACUUUUACACACACCACUGCACUCCCCAUCUUCCUCUCCCUGCUUUUCUGAGCCAGGCAGACCGGUCAUGUUGAUUUGAACUGGAGAAUUUUACAAGACACAAAACCGCUGAAAGCUGCUCCAGAGACCGGUGGAACUAGAAAUUGAGCAAUGCAUCUUCACACAACCUCAACAAGCUCUCCUCCAUCGCACACAACCCUUGUAUCACUUACUCACUUAUGAUAAUCAUCUUGAUUGUUACACAGUUGUGUCACGUAGUAUACUAACUAUGAUCUUUGUAUAAUCACUGUCUCUCACAUGUUUUAGUUGGUGGUUUUGCUUUAGAAAUGUUUUCUGGCGCUAUUGGAAGACUUGCACUGUUGUAGGCAUAUACAUAUGGCAUAUUUUACACAGCCUGUGUAAUAUAUGUUUAAAUUUAAAAGAUAUUUUAAGUUCUGUUUUCUUUCCAUUUUGAGUUUCAGGGAUUCUUGUAGGGCUGAAAGACGUCUGUGUGUGUGUGUGUGUGUGUGUGUGUGUGUGUGUGUGUCUGUUGUGGCAGAGAGGACCAUGAACACGUUUGGUUUCAGAGCUCAAGUUUACAGGAGUUUACAGUCUUGAACAGAUUUUUGACCUCAGCUGUCCUUAAUUGGAGGGAAAAAGGAAAAAACUGAAGGGUUGCGGUGAAAUAUGUCAGCACAGUGCCCACAGUUUACUCACCCAGCAGUUUAUAUCAGAGUUUUCUCAGUUGAACAAGUGCAAUUUUUUCCUGUACAUACGUGACUCUUUGCACCGAGCUGACGCGAGAAGACGUUCAUUAAAGUCAGCCUUGACCAUUUGAGCCUUGAUAUGGUCGAGCAGGCAGGUUCCACAAAUACACUCUUUUGUAAAUGUAUUUUUCCUAGCACGUACGGAGCCAGUCGAGGGCAAUAAAUUGGUGGUUUCAGGACGGUGAUGGUGCACUUUCUCAAUAACUGUACAGAGAGGAGGAUCCUUUGGGCUGAGUAAAGGCUACCUGUACAUUCAUACUGUAUGUGAGCUAAUGGCACGAUUAGAAAUGAAGCUUUUUUUUGUAUGAGGAGCUGCAGAAUGAAGUGUUCUGUUUAGUAUGUCUCUGGUCUGUUUAAUUUCCCUGCAUCCUAACUGUAACAUGGGGAAAACUGACCCGAGGUCAGCCCCUAAUUCCAACUUUUCUCAUUGUAACUGUACUACUGAGUCUUGUGCUCUUGCACGGCGACAAAACUCACACUUGCUCACACAUCUUAUUUAUUAUUUACUCCUUGUAAUUCUAAUAUUCUUUGGAGUUAUACUGUUAUAGUGCAGAUGGCAUUGUUAUGUAAAUGAAUUGUAUAUUUAUGUUCUAUUUUGGAGCAGGUGUAGUAUUUGAAAUAUUGUUUAUCGUUUAAAAAAGGCCUCUAUGUUAUCACCAUGCAAAUGAUUUCAUGCUUAACUAUAAUUGGAGUUUAUUUUGAAUGAAUUAUACUAGAUAAAUUAUUAUUUUGGAGAAAAUUAAGAUUUGCUAAUAGUAUUAUAGAUUUCUUUUCCCUAAGCGUGACGGGACAUUAUAUAUUAGAAAUAUGACUUUAUGACUUAGAUGAUAUACUGCAACCAAAGGAAAAGUUCAUUUUAAAGGGUCUUUUAAUAAGAGCUCAUCAUUCAUUAAGGAGAAUGUAUUUUCAACACAACGUUUGCAUUUUGGCCAGAAUACUCAGACUUAUCUUUAGAAGCACAAAUUCAAAAUAAGACAAACCCAUCAUAUAUGAAUCUUGUCAUUUGGUUCUAACUGCACAGUCCAAAAGCCAUAAUGAUUUCAAAACAAGUGGUAAUAUUUUUAUGAAAUGUAUUUUUUUCUUUUGUAUUAUAAUCUGUAAAUGUGUGAAGUUGUUACUAAAAGACGCCGUUAAGUUUUUUUUUUCUAUACAUCCUUUUGCAAAACAUGGUCCAUAUUUUAAGUAACACUUUUAUUUCUUCCAUGAUGUGAAUAGCAUUACAGUAUUUUGGUAAAGUUUCUAAUUCAUCCACUCAUUCAGUUUUUUUUUUUUGAUUGAGAUACUUUCUUUUUUUUACAAACUUGCAGUUGACCAAGUUGAUUCGUUGGCUGUUGAAUUCCUGAUCAUCACAAACUACGAGCUGUCAAAGUGUUACACAGCUUGAAUUAUCUAGAGGUUUGAAGAAUAACUCGGUACACUUUAAUGAAAUUGAUCUUCAUCUUUGUGGUCAAUAGCUUCUUUACUGAUCCACUUAGUUGCGUACUACUAUUAUCCAUUGUCAGUAUUUCCUCUGCUCAUCUAAAGUUGCAAUAAAGUUUAUUUUUGCAUAAUUAAA